GUGUAGUCGCGCGUACGACGACGACGGGUUUUGCGGGUUUCGGCUCUCACAGAAAGCGCUGUUUUCCUUCUCAUCGGAGUGAAAAUAAUAAAUUCGGUGUGGAAAUUUAUGCGUUGAUGGACGGUAAAAAUUGAGUGUGCUGACACGGUGAAAUUUGGUGAAUUGAUUAAUGAAAACUUUCGCACGGCGUUUGCCCUUUUGGAUCAAAUGGAAUUUAUGAAUGGAUUAGUGGCGAAGCCUUGAACUUGACCAUUGUAUAGAAGUUUAAAACAGUGACCAGAUUGUGCGUAUAAACAUUGAUUGCCGGGGGGAGAUGCAUCCUCUCUAGCCACAGACAUCUGCCGUUCGUUCAGUGGUUGUUGGUUUGAAGCAUUCCACUCAAUCGAAGAAAGUGUAUAGCCUACAGACGACGGAUAAACUAAAGUUAGGUUAUGUUGCAUAGUGUUUUCUGUUUAUUUUUUACAAUUUGACACUCGAACGAAUGCUGCUACGCGUUUCUGGAGAGCAGUGUUCACUGGUUUUGACAAACAACAUUGCUGGCCAGCAUCGAUUUUCACUGUGUGCAUGCUCUGGAAUACCCUGCGCAACAGAAGCUGUGUGUAGUAUGUAGAGAAAAGGACCCCGUCAUCUGCAGAGACGUUCAAGAACUGUAAUGAACAAAAGUGUAGUUUUUUGCCCAAGUUUAAAAGACUGAUAAUCGGAAUAGAUCUCGGGAGUGGUUUACAUAGUGCGUGCGUAGGAUUUUUUUUUAUGAAUGAACAAUAUAGGGAGUCUAUCAUAGGCUCGUACCUCCGCGAACAGUAGUGCUAGAGAAAUGGUGUUCGUGAAAGCUGCAGGAAGAGUUUGCGGUGACUGCCGAUGCUGGUAGCGAGAAGCCAUGAUCCGGAUCUCGUCCGUCUGUCUCAUCGUGUCUUGGGGUGGUGUUCCCAUACGUAGUGUGUGAAAAAGAUGAAUGAAUGAGCAAAAAUGUCAAAAGUGUUAAAAUGCUGCUGAUGGUGGUGGAAUUCUUAGAGAAGCCAUUCCAGUGAGAUAAUUUGCCAUUGCUAGAGAUCCAUUAGUUGGUUCCCACGAACUGCGAAGGCGACACAGAAUAGCGGCCUUGAUUUGUCCCCCUUUGCCCUCCAUACAUCAGGAUACAAAAGCAGAAGAAAAAAAAACUAGUUCAACCACACACAUAUACUCUCGCAUUCCAAUCCACCACCAUGCCACAUCAGUACGGAAUUCCGGGGUACGGCCAGACGCCACCGAGUCCACCUACGCACCACGGCGGUGCGCUCAUUCCACGGCUCGGUGGCGGUGCUGUGAUACCGGUUUCGGCCAACACGAACGCUGGCAGUAUGGGACCAUCCGGCAAUUCGCUCUUCCGGGGUCCCAUCGAGGAGCGACGGCUGACGCGGGAAGCGAUGGAGAAGUACCUGCGGGAUCGCAACAACAUGGUCAUUGUAAUACUGCAUGCAAAGGUCGCCCAAAAAUCCUACGGCAACGAAAAACGGUUCUUCUGCCCACCGCCCUGUAUAUACCUGUUCGGCGAAGGCUGGCGGUUACGCAAGGAGCAGAUGCUGCGCCGCGGCGAAAGUGAACAAUCUACCCAACUAUGUGCCUUCAUCGGUAUCGGAAGUUCCGAUCAGGACAUGCAACCGCUCGAUCUGAACAACUCGAAACAGUACUGUGCCGCCAAAACGCUAUUCAUUUCCGACUCGGACAAACGAAAACACUUUAUGCUCUCGGUGAAAAUGUUCUACGGUAGUGGGCACGAUAUCGGGGUGUUUCAGUCGAAGCGGAUCAAAGUGAUAUCGAAACCGUCGAAGAAGAAACAAUCGCUCAAAAAUGCUGAUUUGUGUAUAGCCAGUGGUACAAAAGUGGCACUGUUCAAUCGGUUGCGGUCACAAACGGUCUCGACGAGGUACUUGCACGUGGAGGAUGGUCACUUUCACGCCAGCUCGACACAGUGGGGUGCGUUUACGAUACACCUGCUCGACGACAACGAGAGCGAGUCGGAGGAGUUUCAGGUUCGCGACGGGUAUGUGCACUAUGGUGCGACGGUUAAGCUAGUCUGCUCCGUGACAGGGAUGGCCCUGCCCCGGUUAGUGAUCCGGAAGGUGGACAAACAGAUGGCCCUGCUCGAAGCGGACGAUCCCGUAUCUCAGCUACACAAAUGUGCAUUCCAUAUGAAAGACACCGAACGGAUGUACCUGUGCCUGUCGCAGGAGAAAAUCAUCCAGUUCCAGGCGACGCCCUGUCCGAAGGAACCCAACAAGGAGAUGAUCAACGACGGUGCCUGUUGGACGAUCAUCUCCACCGAUAAGGCUGAGUACCAGUUCUACGAGGGGAUGGGACCGGUGCGGACACCGGUCACCCCAGUGCCAAUAGUCAAUUCGCUACACCUGAACGGCGGUGCCGAUGUGGCGAUGCUCGAGAUUACCGGUGACAACUUUACGCCGUCGCUGCAGGCGUGGUUCGGCGACGUGGAAGCGGAAACCAUGUACCGAUGUGCGGAAUCAUUACUCUGUGUGGUACCGGACAUCUCACAGUUUCGAGGGGAGUGGUCAUGGGUCCGCCAGCCCACGCAAGUGCCUAUCUCGCUGGUACGAAACGACGGUAUCAUCUAUGCUACGGGCCUAACCUUUACGUACACACCGGAACCCGGACCGCGGCAGCCCUGCUCGGGAGCCGAGGACGUCCUGCGACGAACCAACAGUGCAAAUAACAACACCAACAGCAACAGUGCCGGCGCGAACAGCGUAACGGCGGCGGGUGCCGGGCCCGGUUCCACCGGAUCCCUCCCGCCGAUCUCGGACGUGGCCUGGAGCACGCAUGGUGGUGGAAUUCCGUAAACUCAAGCCGUAUCUACACUAGCACUUUCCGGUAUCCAGGAAAACAGGAGAGGGUAACAACAACUAUUUAUUGUUUUAUACUUUUGGUCCCGAUCCGGUUCGGAUCCGGUGAUUUACCUAUCGUAUACAUAUUUGCUAAUUUAUAUACAGUAUUUUACGAGCACACCGUAUGAGUAACACAAACAGUGAGUAAUCUCAAACUUUUAUUCCUACAAAACUGAACGAGGGUCGUGAGUGUAAGAAAGCAUGUAUAGGUCAAUGAACAAAUUUCUAUAUAUUUAGUGUGCGCGUGCAGGAGAAUCGGACACAUUCAAGUAUAUUUUUCCUAAGAAGUUUUCUCUCGUAUUAGCGGUGAGAGAAUAAAAUAUGUAGACUAUCAUUUCCUGCUCUAUUUUUAAAGGAAAGUCGUAUUUUGACAGAUUUUUUGUAAGAAGAUUACUAUUUUUAAGACGAGAGAUUACGUGAUUGAUCACACAGACAGACAUUGAAAACAAGUGAUAUAUGCAGGUUUUAAAGAAUAAAAAGUGAAAGUAUUUAAAAUUGAAAAUCGUCGGAAACAUAGUGACUAUAUUAUUAUUAUUUUUCAAGAAGGAACAAUCUGACAACGAACAUUUUUUUCUAUAAAACUAGCGUAACUACACUAAGAAAGACACACUUUUACCGUUCAGAUAAUCGUUCUUUUCUAGAUAAAAGACAACCAACUGAAAAAUGUCUAAGCAUUUUAAACUGGGAAUAAAAUUGCCAAAGAAGUAGAGACAAAAAACCUAUCUUUUACGCACUGAAAGAAUUUUUCUGUUUUGUUUUACCGUUUGCUGUAUCCCCAAUCUACCCUUUCGCCAUCACCCCUUUUCUAUUCAUCAUUUGCAAUAACUGGUUACACAGAUUUUCAAUCAGGCGCCAAUUACCUACUGUUAGCGGCAAAAGCGCUGCAAUCUCGUGUGAGGUACUUAAGUGCCAGUGUCGAACAGAGGUCAACUCAGGUGCCCUUUUUUGUUGCAUUUCCUCCUCUGGUGAUUGCUCGGAUUGAAUGUCUUAAAUUUCUCAAAGGUGAAGUUGUUAUGUCACUGUGCUUUUGUUUUAUUGUUUUGUUAUUGUUUUCGGGUA